AUGAUUAAUCACAAAAUAAAGGACUACCCAAUUAAUUCUCAACCUGUCCCAAGACCAGAGAAUUUUAUUAGUCCAUACUUUGUGGAAUUUUUGGAAUUUAUUUCAUGCAUAUAUUUAGAUUGAAAUGAAAAAUAUGAGCCAAGAAGGUUUCUUAGAAAUACAAAAUCAAUUUCUAAAGAAGCUUUUCGCAAAGAUAAUGAUAAUUAUGAUGAGUAUGGUUAUAUUAAUUGGAUGGCAUUUUGAAAAGGAAUAAUGUAUCUCUAUAGGACUAGUUUAAAGAAAGCACUUAAAUUCCUAGAAUCAAGCGAAAUUUAUUUUCAAAAUACUGGCCAAUUAUCAUAUUUAGCUCUUUCUGAGUAUCUAUUAGGAUAUUUGUACAUAAUAAAAAUAAAAGCUGGAAAAGGCAAGCCUUAUUUAAAAAAAAGCAAGAAAAUAUGUAAAGACCUAGGAAUUUGAUCUCUACUGGAUAAAAUUUAUUUUAUUCUUGGGUAUUUUUCUAUAUUUGAAUGCCUAUUUGACAUUGCAGAAAAAUAUUUGAAAAAGGGCAAACUGAUAUCAAAAGGAUCUGGAAAGCAUUACGAUAUUGCUCUCUUAAAGCUCGAUAUUUUAAAAGGUAAUUUGGUAAGUCCAUUUGCUUAUGUAGAAAAAAUUAAAGGAGGUUUCAUUAUUUUUCCUAUUCAAAAUCGAUUGCUAGCGUGACUUUUUGCGGAAAUUGGAAGCAUAUACUUUUUGCUGGGGUCUUUCAAUCAGGCUGAGAUAUAUUUUGAUAAAGUCAAAAUCACAACACUAAAAUCAUCUGAUGUGCCUAACUUCAUAAAUAUUGCAUUGAUACUGAUGAUAUAUUAUUCAUACAAUUUUAAACAAAAAAAAGUUGAACUUGAAGAACUCCUAAACAUAUUUAAAAAACAAACUGCCCAUUUUUUACACAGAUUUGAAUUUUAUUAUUUUUUGUUCGAAGUAAUAUUAAGAGCUAUUUUUAAGAUAAAAUUUGAAAAAAAUGAUAAAAAAUUCAAAGAGCUCACUGAGAAGAUAAUAGUUAAGGAAUUGAAAAAAAGCGAAUAUAUUUACCACAAAAUUAUUAGAAUUCUCUUAUCACUUUUAAAUAUCAAUGGAUGGGAUAGUAUAGCAGAAAAAAUUAUUGAUUACGCAAUUUAUAAAUUCGCUUAUUCUGCAAAAAGUCCUAUUUGCGCCUAUAUCUUUAAUGCAAAGUCUAAUUGGGAACGAGAUCAUGGAAAUCAUGAGUCUGCAAGAGCAUAUUUGAUAAAGUCUAAGAAAAUGCUAGGACGUUCUAUGUCACAAAAGAAUAAUCAAGUAAAAAUGAUUGAAAGGCAGUUAAUUGAAGUUGAGGAAGAAAUUGCAAUGAAAAACAGCGAGAAAUAA